AUGUUCGCUAGCUCGUCGACGGCGGUAGAUGCAGAGCAAUCUGGUAGCAAGAUAACAUACAGGCAUCUUCUCUCACCGCAGACGCUGAACGUGUACAACCCACUCCGGGUCAUCGCCCUCAUUGAUAGCGACGCGUUCUAUGCAGCGUGCGAGCAGGUUCGCUUGGGACUCAAUCCGGAGAAGCCUAUAGCGGUACAACAGUGGCAGGGGUUGAUUGCGAUAAACUACCCUGCACGCAAGUAUGGGAUCACCAGGCUUAUGUCCGUCACAGAAGCGACCAAAAAAUGCCCCGAGCUCAUUUGCGUACACGUAAUGACAUACCGCGAAGGCUCCCGCGAGCCAGGCUACUUCCCCAACGCUAAGCCCUCGACGCACAAAGUCUCACUAGACCACUACCGGCGGGAGAGCAUCAAGGUCCUGCGAGUGUUUCAGUCAACGCUUCCAGAGGCUGAGAUUGAGAGAGCGAGUAUUGAUGAGGCUUUUUUCGACUUGACCGCCCCGGUUAGGGAGGAGAUAUUGCGCCGAUAUCCCUAUUUGCGAGAUGUACCGUCUGAUGCGACGGAUGGGAUGGACAGCCCGCUGCCUCCUGCACCGGUCAUCGAUUGGACGGGGAGGGGGAACGUAUUGGCUAUCAGAGAGGGAGAGGAGGCGGGAGUGGACGGGCAGGGGACGUGGGCUGAUGUAGCGCUCGCUCUUGGCGCGGAGAUGGUGCACAAGGUGCGGCAGGAGGUGCACAAGCAGCUUGGAUACACGACCUCUGCAGGAAUCGCACGCAACAAGACAAUGGCCAAGUUAUGCGCCUCGUGCAAGAAGCCCUUUGGUCAGACCGUCCUCCGAGACGCCGCCAUCCCCCUGUACCUCAACCCCAUGCCUUUCAAGAAGAUCCGGUUCCUCGGGGGCAAGCUCGGGGACGCGCUCGCCUCCGCCUAUGACGCCAAGACGAUCGGUGACCUUCUCUCCGUGUCGAAGGAGGACAUGCAGCAACAGUUUGGAGAAGAGAGUUACUGGGUGUACGAUAUCCUCCGCGGGAGGGAUUAUGCGGAAGUGAAGGAGCGCACAGGUGUGAAGAGUAUGAUGGCGAGCAAGAAUGUCCGGCCGGCUAUCAAGACCUUUUCUGAUGGGCAGCACUGGCUGCGCGUGCUUUCGGCCGAACUGUCCUUGAGGCUAGAAGAAGCACGCGAUCUUUCACCUGCAGUAUGGCCUAAGACGCUCGUCCUGCACAUUAAGCAGGGGUUUGAUGCUCCACGGUCCCGUCAGUGUCCUUUUCCGUUCACGAACGCCCUGUCGGACGAGUACAUCGCCCGACUAGGAGAACGCCUGUUGAGAGAACUCGUCGGUCAGGGAGAACUGAUGCUUAAGGAUAUCAUCAAUAUCUCUCUUGGGUUUGCGGGGUUGGAAAAGGGUGAGGAAGGACAGAAGAGCAUUGAGGGGUUCUUCGGGGGUGCGGGGCCAGCUGCGAAGAAACGGCGGACGAGUGAGCGGGGCACACCUAUGCCCGAAGCAUCUAGACCGCCUACACCUUCCCGGUCGUCUUCAGCCCCGACGUCUGGCCCGACGUUAUCACACAAGUGCACACGAUGUUCUCGGGUACUCACUGCAUUUGCACCAGGGGUGGCGGAGCAGUCCACCCAGCUCGAGGCGCUCAAAGCUGAGCAUGAGGAUUAUCAUUUUGCGCUGGACCUACAAGCUGCGGACGGGAAUCUUCCCGAAGUGCAAGAAGUACGAGCACCGGUCGGGAGGGAGAAGAAGGGAAAGCCUAAGGCUGGGAAACGGAAGGAGCUGGAUGGGAUUGCGGCGUAUUUUCAGAAACGGUGA